AUGGAUCGACCGCCUUCGAGGUCGCGAGCUCCCAUGAGCAUGGAGGCCUUGCUUGAUGAAGAAAACAGAGAAGUUCUAGCUGCUCUCGAUCGAAAACGCCCGUCCAGCCCUGUCCCCAGGUUGAAACCUCCAAGAACCGCCACUCCACCGCCUGUCCGCAGCAUGCUCGACGUCGAUUCUCCGACUCCUCGACAUGGCUCGAUAGCAGGCAUCGGUGUUGGAGUGACGAGCCCCAUUUCGUCCAGAAAGCCCGUCAAAGAACUCGAUCCUUCCGAUCCCAGUAGCUGGACCUCCCCUCAUUCCAGCAAACCGAACUCCCCCGUCCUCACCAAGACCUCUCCAGUGACCACAAGACAACGGAACUCGUCAGACGCCGAGCGGCCGGUGGGGUUGCCGAAGGUACAAACGGACGAGAAGCGCGGGUUUGAGCAAAAUUAUCAAUUUGACAUCUCCUCAAUACCUUCAUCUUCAUCGGCAGCGCGAGCUUCCCCGGAUAAUAAGAGGCCACGUGAGGGUUCUGGUUCUGCCAUGGCGGCUGCCCUGGCCGGAGAUCUCGCUUCCCUCCACGUAGGCAUCCCCGGAGGGGGCCAGGGAAGACAUAAUUCUACCGUGGCCGCUGGUGCUAGUUCAAGGUCUCCAUCCUCACGCAUUCGGAAGCCUGAAGCCGCCUCCAAAGCAGGAUUCCUCAGUCCCACCAGCCCACCAGGUCUCCUGACGACGGAGUCCGGAACAGUUGUGGACGAUCAGGCACAUCUUCGGUUGUCGUCAGGUAGCUUCUCAACGGCGACCGAAAAUUCAGAAGAAAGUCCUGAGCGUUUCGCCAAGGACCGCAUUGCGGCUGACGAAGAUGCCGUGGACGACAGUGAUGACGACGUUUUGUCCCCCAGUAGUGAUGAAGACGAGACUAGGGGUCGGUCGGAACGUCGAAAACUGUCAACCACCGAUGAAAUGGUCGACGCAAAGUCCCCCGGCACGAAUGGUGCUUCGUCACCUGAGCAGGCCAAGAGAACCUCGCACUCGCAGCAGUUUGUCAGGUCUUUACUUGAACCGUCCAUCUCUAUCACCAGUCCUACCGGAGAAAACGUGACAAACCAGAAAGGCGGUACGAGUACACCUAUCAGGCGGGCAUCUGUGACGUCGGCAGAGGAUGAAGAUGACGACGAAGCUGCCAUCAGGAAGGCGAAAACUCUAGCGUUGAAUAUUUCACCACUCGACACCACAGUGGCCGACCGGCAUGUGCGAAUCAUUCUGCGUGGCAAUUGGGCCCAUUUCUACCAAGAGUCGGAAGUCGGUAAAAGAACGGCAAGACUCUACCUCCUGUGCAGCGAUCAGAGCAUCGAAGCAAGCUAUGCCAUGGAAUGGGUUGUGGGCACCAUGAUGAGGGACGGGGAUACUCUCCUUGCUAUCUACGCAAUAGAGGAUGAAAAUGCCGGAAAGGCCACCGAAGCCGAAAGAGAAGUCCUGACAGCCGAAGGUAGCAAGGCUGGCAAGGACGCCUCCCACGUCAUGGCGAAACUGACCCGGCAGACAACACAGGGAGGUGGCACCAGUUUCGGGUUGGGAAAGGAAUCACAGUAUAUCCCCGCGACCGAAGUCGAGAGCCUGACUGGCAGUGUCGACGCGAGAAAAGUCUCUAAGAAAGAAAUGGAGCGUCUCAAGGCUGUCGAGGGCCUGACUCAGGAUUUUGUCAAGUUGGUCCGCAAGACGCCACUGCAAGUGAGGUGCAUGGUCGAAGUCAUCCAUUGCAAGAGUCCAAAACAUUUGAUUCUUGGAGCGAUUGACGAGCUCGACCCAACUCUCUGCGUCGUGGGCACGCGUGGCCGCAGUUCUCUCAAAGGCGUCCUCCUUGGGUCCUUCUCCAACUAUCUCGUUACCAAGUCUUCCGUGCCAGUCAUGGUUGCACGAAAGAAAAUGAAGAAAACCCACUCAAAUAAGGGUGAAAGACCACAACAUGCCGAGAACAAAGCAUCCGAGUCAGAAGCGGAAAAGAAGCAAAAGGAGAACCAGGAAAGCCAUUGGGAGGCGGAGAAGGUCAAAUGGGAAAGAGAAAGACAGAACAACGGCGACCAAAGGGGAAAGAGGACGAAAGCUCCCGAUGAGGCCGGAGGCACCACCGGGCAGGCAGGGAAAACAGAGGAGUUGGAACGCACGAAUUCCAACGAUCCAUUGCUCCCUAAACGGCCUGCCGACAGCGAGCAAGGAGAGGCGAGCACCACGAGUCUGCUGCGCCGGAAACUGUCCAUCGCACACCUUUUCAGCCCGAUGUUCCUGUCGCGACCUGACAACUAA